UUGUUUUUUUACCAUUAAAUAGUUCAGAACCUUCACACGCACCAUCGACACUUUACCAACAAGCACUAUUGUGUGCAAAAACUUGAAUUUGAAAAGGUCGCCAUAUAAAUAGUCAACAUGGUCGAAGUUCUCAGAGUCCCCUCAUUGGGGCAGCCAGUAUCGCCAGGUUCACCUGAUAUGAUGGACAUGUCGAACAGAUUUCUCAAUUUGGAUAUGGAUCUCGGCCCAGCUUCGGAAACAUCGAUGAUGGUAUUGCAGCAACAGAGGGAAUCCGGAAAAGAAGCAGGAUCUAAGAAUGGCCUUGCUCGUGUGCCUCGACGUGCUCUCACUUCGACUGACUAUACGGCGUCGGUAAAUGCAUACGUCGCAUACCAGAGACAACAGCGCUUGCAGACUCCACUUGCUACCCCACGAGAGUCGGCUGAGACAGAUUCGUACUUCGAACUCCGACCUCACAAUGUUUCUGCCUCCAAAACUCCACUUGCCGUUACUCCGAUUCCUUCUCCUCGAGUGGCGAACCUUGCACAACCUCAGCGACCGGCUUUGCCAGCGCCGCUGAGGUCAUAUUCAGUCACAGAUGUCGAACCUGUUCCAUUCACGCACCGACCAGGCGUAGCUCUCACUUUGGAGGAUCUUCCUCCCGAGUUGCACUACGCUAUCUUCGACUUUUUAGAUCCUAUUGACAGCACGUGCCUGGGACUGACAAGCAAGCAUUUUUACUCCAUCCACAAAAGGAUGCAUGGAAAGAUAUCGCUUUCCGCCCGACGAGAAGGACCUAACGAUAUGGAAUGGGUAUGGCGAAACGCAUUUAUCUCCGGACCUUUCGUAUCCAGCAGCGGCAUCAGCAAGCAGAACUCAUUGGCGUUGUUGACCCCACGAGGCCAAGUAUACUGUCGCAAAUGCCGGACGGCGCGGUGCGAAUUGCACAACCACAUCCGAGAAUGGAUCGGGGAGGACAAAGAAUACUGUGCGGUAUCGCAAAAAUUCGGCCCCGCCGCUCCUGGGAACGCUAAAGCCUUUUGUCACAAAGCCUCACCGAGGCACCCGCAUCGCUGCGGCAGACACACGCGACAGCAGCGAGCCGUUCGUCUGGUAUAAGACGUAACUCGAGUUAACAUCACAAUUGAAUUACACUGUUCAAGGUGUAGAUGUUAAUUAGAGAAUUAAGAA